GAACCUUUAUUGAGACGAAGCAGCAAAACACUCAAUUUGAUGGACACGUGAGGAAGAAAGAGCGAUCGUUGAUGAUCGAAUAGUCACAGCAGUAUUCAUCAUCAAGUGCAAGGUAACCAGCGAACAAAGAGGAGAAAUCAUCGAAAAGCCAAGUCAUAAAUAUAGUCAUUCUCAAUAAAAAUGAGUCUGAAGUGGGAAGUAUCAUAUUAUUGCCAGGAAUGACAUCGCUGCGAUUGGCCAGGAUAAGAAGAGCGAAGGAUGAAUAAUGAUUUAAUCAUGAAUGAUAAUACUCCACCCAUUAUGGACGGCGUGUCAAACAUUUGUGGAUAUAUAUGCGUAUCGAUGGUACAUAUGUCAUAUGAAUAACGUUAUGGCGCAAUGUCCACGAGGUCAAAACGUGUCCUUCAUUUGAGCGCUUGAUGAGAUUAUGAACUUUUCUUGCUUUGUGAUGUGAAAGCUACCUUGAAAUGAAUCGUGUGAUUGGAACAGUAAUAAUAGUGUUGUCUUGUCCACACAGUCUGAAACGCAAGAACGUGUUUCUAUGGUAACGCGUUCUGUUGCACAAGAGCGCCUGCGCCUUUAAGAGGCGCCAGCUCGUCGGGAUGACGUAAUGCUUUUCUUUCUCCGCCAUGACCUCAUCGACAGCGGACACGGACAAAGUUUGGAAGAACGCACACAAACACACAAACACGUUCUCCUGCAUCGAGAAUUCCAGUUGGCCCGAGCCUCGAACGACUCCGACGUCGACGUCGUCCGUUCGAGCGGUGAGUUGCUCAAAAGUCAAGGUAAAAAAAAGUGGCGAACGUUUCGCUCCACACGUCGACGAGUGGUGACGUCACGACCACUGACCCGAACUCGCGUUUGUUUGCAUCCACUUGAUUUCAUUUGCCUCAUCUGCGUAGCAACAGUGACACCGCGAUAUCUAUUUUUAGAAACUUGGGCUUAGACGCUCGGCUCAUCGGCUACUUAGCUACUUGGCUAACAUCUUCAGCGUACACAACUUCCAUGCAUCCAUUUUCUACCGCUAACCCGAGGUCGGGUCGCGUGGGCAGCAGCUUCAGCAGGGACGCCCAGACUUCCCGCUCCCCAGCCACUUCAUCCAGUUCUUCCGAGGCGUGUCCCGGGUCGUCCCCGGGCGCUCCUCCCGGCGGGACGUGCCGGAACACCUCACCGGGGAGGCGUCCGAACCGGAAGCCCCGGCCACCUCAUCUGGCUCCUCUCGAUGCGGAGGAGCAGCGACUCUACGCUGAGCUCCUCCCGGAUGACCGAGCUUCUCGCCCGUUCUCUAAGGGAGGAGCCCGGACGCCAACCAGGACAGCCCCACAACAUCCGGAGCCUUGAGGAACUCCGGGCGAAUCUCAUCCACCCCCGGGGCCCUGCCACCGAGGAGCUUUUGAACCACCUCGGUGACCUCGACCCCAGAGAUGGGAGAGCCCGCCUCAGAGACCCCAGACUCUGCUCCCUCACGGGAAGGCGUGUCGGUGGAAUUGAGGAGGUCUUCGAAGUAUUCGAGGUCAGCGGCGCCCCAUGCCCGCUAUACACAGUGUCGAUGGCGCGCUGCUUCCCCCUCCUGAGACGCCGGAUGGUGGACCAGAAUUUCCUCGAAGCCGUCCGGAAGUCUUUUGCUUCAGCGACCACCAAAGCUGCAUUCCGAUUGGCCGGCCGGUACCCAUCGGCUGCCUCAGGAGUCCCACGGGGGCCGAAAAGGCCCGAUAGGACUCCUUCUUCAGCUUGACGCCAUCCCUCGCCGUUGGUGUCCACCAACGGGUUCGGGGGAUCGCCGCCACGACUCCGGCAAUGGAGGCGCGGAACACAGUCCAGUCGGACUCGAUGUCCCCCGCCGCCCCCGGAACAUGAGCCAAGUUCUGUCGGAGGUGGGAGUCGAAACUCCUUCUGACGGGGGAUUCCGCCAGACGUUCCCAGCGGACCCUCACAAUACGUUUGGGCCCGCCACGUCGGACCGGCAUCUUCCCCCACCAUCGGCGCCGACUCACCGCCUUGUGGUGGUGAUCGGUCGACAGCUGCGCCCCUCUCUUCACCCGAGUGUCCGAGACAUGCGGCCGCAAGUCCGAUGACACGACCGCAAAGUCCAUCGGUCGAACUGCGACCUCGGGUGUCCCGGUGCCGAGCGCCCGCGUGGACGCCCUUAUGCUUGAGCGUGGUGUUCGUUAUGGACAAUCCGGGACAAAUCCGUUUUGCAGGUUAGGAGUCUUUGGAACUGGUGGAAAUGCCCCAAUUUCUGUCCCAACGUCUUCAUGCGGAGUCAAUGAGGUCCAGAUUUCAGGUGGGGCCUUUUCGGUUGAAUUCCCACUUCCAAACGUUCCGAAUUUCCCUUCAUCUUUUCGGGAAGCUUGAUAAGGCACAAACUGUCGAAAUCGGGAAGUCGCAGGACAGCAAAAAUAGGCGUCAUUUGAAAAUGACGAUGGCCAUGAAGUUGACAUUUUCAACACCAAAUAAUGUGAAGGCCUCCCGUUAGUCAAGUCAAGAAAUGGACUCCAAUUCAGCCAAUAAGGCAAUAGAGUGACCGUUAUUGUUGGACAUCUUUUGUUAUCAUCGGUGCCAUGCAUCGAAAACAAAAAAGAAUGAACAAACACUUCGGAAGGAAUCAAUUUGGAGUUGAUACAAUUCGCCAAAUGAGUUGUUGUUCGUGCCCGAAAUCGGAGGCGUCGCGGCACGGCGGAGAACAUCGCCGGCAGCCAGUCCGGAAAAUGUCUGCUUGGCAAGCGAGCGGAAUCAAAUGUGGCAGAAAAAGAAUCCGAAAUCGCGGGAGAUGGAUUUGAAGGAGCGGCCCGACGCAGCGAAACCUUUCGAGGGGCGCUUGUCGACUCCAAAUUGGCGAACGCGUGUGCUCGCCCUUACGAGAAGUCUCAAAGUUUGCAUUCCAACUGGGCCGCGCGCUCCACGUCAUCAGUCGCGCUGAAACGCGGAAAACUCCAAAUGCGCCAUCGCGAGCGUGGCUCGUCGAUGCUCGCCGUAUUUCGAGGCGACGUAACCCGUCUCUUGUCGCAAUUUAGAAACGAUUUCCCACGUGCGACGCCAUCGAGUCCCGACGUGAUGACGUCAUCACGUCGCUCGCCGUCGUGACAUGGCGGAAGCUUCUCCGGCGGCGGUAGCGGGGUCGCGAGCGGGCACGCUGAAGCCCGGCGGGGUCCGUCCCCUGGCGGCGGAGGCUCUGGCGGCGCUGCUGGAGGGAGGUCGGGGGGUCGGCGGCGGCGGCCUGCUGCUGAUCGACAGCCGGCCUUUCGUGGACUUCAACGCGUCGCACAUCGCCGACGCCGUCAACGUCAACGCGUCCAAGCUGCUCAGGCGACGACUGCAGCAGGACAAAGUCAACAUCGGAGACGUGCUGCGGCGCUCCGCCGGAACCGAGCUGGACCUCCGGGCGGGCCUCCGGGUGGUGGUGUACGAUCAGAAUUGUCGGGACGCGGCCGCUCUGCGUUCCGACGCCUUCGCCGGCGUCCUGCUCCUCAAGCUGGAGCGCCGCUUCCCGUCUUUGCACCUGCUGGCGGGCGGUUUUUCAGAGUUUUCCCGUCAGUUUCCGGGCCUGUGCGAGGGGAAGCGGGCGCCGGUCGGGCCGUGCCCGUCUCAGCCGUCGUGCCCGUCGGCGCCGCCCUCCGUCCCGGGGCCGACCCGCAUCCUGCCCCACUUGUACCUGGGCUGCCAGCGCGACGUCCUCGACGAGGUGCCCGCCCGCCCCCGCGCUUCCCGUCCGUGUGGCCGACGACGGCGCGGGUCACCUGACGCGUGCGUGCGCGUGUCGUCACAGGAAGCGAUGCAACGGAACGCCAUCGCCUACGUGCUGAAUGCCAGCAGCACGUGCCCCAAACCCGACUUCAUACCCGACUCGCGCUUCCUGAGGGUUCCCGUCAACGACAGCUUCUGCGACAAGAUCCUGCCCUGGUUGGACGCGUCGCUCGACUUCAUCGAGGAGGCGAAGGCGUCGGACGCGUGCGUGCUGGUUCACUGUCUGGCGGGGAUCUCGCGCUCGGCGACCAUCGCCAUCGCGUACGUCAUGAAGCGGAUGGACAUGUCUCUGGACGAGGCGUACAGGUUCGUGAAAGAGAAGCGGCCCAGCAUCUCUCCCAACUUCAACUUCCUGGGUCAGCUGCUCGACUUCGAAAAGAAGAUCUCCCGAGAAGCGCGGCGCGAGGGCCCGCCCGGACGUCGGCCGGCGGAGGGGCCGGAGAGCCCGGCGCCGCCCGAGGAGCGCCCGCUGGCGCGGGCUCUGUGCGCCCUGCGUCUGGAGGACACGGCCCGCCCCAAGCGCCGCUUCUCGCUGGACUUCAAAACAUACGGUGAGGCGGGCCCAGCGGGUGACGGCGCCUCGGCGUCGGCGCCCGGUAAGACGUGUCAGUUCUCCCCCGUGGAGGAAGUCUCGGAGCAAAGUCCGGACAAGGAGGAGGCGCGCGGACCGCUGCCGGCGACCUGCCGCGCGCGGGAUGCCGCCGGCUUCCCUUUCGGACUCUCGCGGUGCCAGCGCCGCCCGUCCGGACCCGCCCUCAAAGGCUGGCACUCGGACAUCCUGCCGAGACCCUCUCUGUCCCCCCCGGGCGGCGGCGGGUACCGCUCCUCCUCGGCGGCGUACGGUGGCGGCCACGGGCCGGAGACGGCGCGGCGGCGAGGACGCCCGCGAGCGCCCGACCGGGGAGACUCUCGCAGGAGCUGGCACGAGGAGAGCAACUUGGAGAAGACCCGAAGUUGCCAUCGCUGGAGCGAAAACGACCUCGCCAAGGUGGCGGCGAGAGACAGCUUCUCGGCCAGCUUGGAGCUCAUCCGCGUGUCCUGAACGCCGCAAUUCUCGCAAACAGCGGAACACGUGUGAAACGCGGUGUCGACGCUCCACUCCGUGCGUAUCGCCGAAGCUAUCAAUAACAGCCGAUCAAAUCAUCGACGUCAUCGUCAUGACGCCCAUUCAAACGAUCGCGAACGUGAUCAACGACGCUGUCGUUCGUGUCAGCGAUCAUGUGAUCGGUGACCCGCAGCAGCUAUGAAGUUGAUCGUUCAGGUUCUAGAAGGUUCUUCUUUGCGAUGAUUGACACGUUGUCACUUUGUACAAAG